AUGGAGGCGUCUGCGUGGGCGCCCCUCUUGAAUCGUGUCCUAUUGGACGACCCAGCACAACAGAAAAUGCUAGAGAAAGACACAGUUGGCGUCAGCCGAAGCAAGCGACUCAAGAAAAGAAACAUACGCAACAGCCACUACAAAGCAAUGGAGGCGUCUGCGUGGGCGCCCCGCUUGAAUCGUGUCCUAUUGGACGACCAAGCACAACAGAAAAUCUUCAAGAUGCGCAGUAAGCAUCCGGAGCCUGCAGACCAAGCGGAUGCUACCAGUGUGCCGGUGCCUCCUGUGCUGGAGUGCCCUGAAGACCUUGCUGCGAGUCGCUAA